AUGGCGGCCCUUGCGAGUGCUCUCCCGGCACCAAUUCACUCUUCGGGCUACGAUUAUCAAGAAGGACCAUCUAGGCCCGUCGCUGUCGUCUCAAAGCCUCAGGUCCCUGCUUAUGGAUCUCGUAAAGGAUGGAAGCCAAAGACGGACAUCGACUUCAAUGGCGGCGGGGCGUACCCUGAGUGCCAUGUUGCGCAGUACCCCUUGGAGAUGGGCAAGAAGAAGACGGGUGCGGGAACAACGCUGGCUCUUCAAGUCGAUCAAGAUGGAACCGUGAGAUAUGAUGCUAUUGCCCAGCAUGGUCGAGCCGUUGGCAGCAAAGUGCAGUCAAGUUUCAAAGAUCUCGUUCCGUUGGCGAAUCGGACAGAUGUGUCAGAGAAGGACAGAGCGAUGGAGAGACCAGAUGAGGAGGCAGUCCAGGAUACAGCAGAGCGGACGCGAUUGGCAUUGGAAAAAAUCACUCAUGGCAAAAUCAAGGCUGCUCAACCGAAACAUGUCCCGAAGGCCAACACAGACGCACAAUACAUUCGGUAUACCCCGGCCAACCAAGAUGCUCAAGGUGGCAAGCAGCGAAUUAUCAAAGUCACUUCAGUACAGGAGGAUCCCUUGGAGCCCGCUCGUUUCAAGCACAAGAAAAUUCCUCGCGGUCCCGCUGAGCCACCUCCGCCGGUCAUGCAGUCUCCACCGAGAGCCGUCACUGCUCAGGAUCAAAAGGAUUGGAUGAUCCCACCGUGUAUUUCCAAUUGGAAGAACAACAAGGGAUACACCAUUCCGUUGGAUAAGCGGCUGGCUGCGGACGGUAGAGGACUGCAGGAUGUUCACAUCAAUGACAACUUUGCCAAGUUCUCCGAAGCUCUCUAUGUCGCCGACCGUCACGCUCGAGAAGAGGUCCGCGCUCGAGCACAAAUGCAGCAACUGCUUGCGCAAAAGGAGAAGGCUCAAAAGGAGGAGAAUCUGCGUCUCAUGGCUCAACGCGCGCGCGAGGAUCGGUCAUCAAUUGCGGCAUCUACAAACGGGGAGAGCUCGUCUCGCGCUCCAGCUCCGACUGGUAUGGGCUUAGGAGGAUAUGCGAGCGAUAGUGAGGAGGAGGAUGAUGAUAAUGAGAGCGACGCUCCCUCUGAGGAGGAUGAGGAUGCUAUCAGGGAGAGAGAACAGGUCCGAGCGGAAAAGAGAAGAGAAAGAGAAAAGGAGAUGAGAAUGAACAACAUGGGAUCAGAGAUGAGGGCGAAGAUUCUUGCCAAGGAACAGAACCGGGAUAUUUCAGAGAAGAUCGCUCUUGGUCUCGCAAAGCCUACAGCGUCAAAAGAGACUUUGCUCGACUCUCGCUUAUUCAACAGAGAGCAGCUCAAUACUGGUUUCGGUGCGGACGAUUCGUACAACCUCUAUGAUAAGCCUCUCUUCCAGGGCUCUUCAGCUGCGGCUGCGAUCUACAAGUCUAGAGGCAACAUGUCUGGCAACGACGAGGCCUUUGGAGGAGGGACAGAAGAAGGUAUUCAAGCUGAAUUGGCGAAGGACCGGUUCAAACUUGGGAAUGCCACUCGUGGAUUUGAAGGUGCAGAUACAGCCGAGGUUCGAGACGGACCUGUCCAAUUCGAAAAGGACGUCGUCAUCAGCCUCGACGGUCAAUCUGAUCCAUUCGGCGUGGAGCAAUUUAUGGACGCUGCCAAGCGAGGUGGAAAGCGUACGGCUGAAGCUGACAGAGAGGAGGCGAGGAAACGAGUACGAGAUGAAUGA